GCGUGGCGACGUCACCGCCGGGCUCCCCCGCCUGCCCGGGGCCGCGCGAGCGGUUGCUCCGCCUCUUCCUGGCGCCGAGAGAAGCGGGCCGCCGGCGUCGGGCGAGCGGAGGCGAUGGAGGAGCAGAAGGAGAACCGGCCGCAGGGAGCCCACAAUGAGGCGGUGGCGCGCGCGGAGCGACCCGCCCACACCCCGGGCAAGCAACGUUGUAGACUUGAUGGCGAAGAAAAUAAUGGACAACAUUGCACUUCCAGUUCAAGUGAUUACAGUGACCCAGUUUACAAAGAAAUUGCUGUGACCAAUGGUUACAUUAAUAGAAUGAGUAGAGAUGAGCUCAGAGCUAAACUUGCAGAAUUCAAACUUGAAACCAGGGGAGUGAAAGAUGUACUGAAAAAGAGGUUGAAGAACUACUAUAAGAAGCAGAAACUGAUGCAGAAGGAGCCCACUAAUGGAGACAGUUACUAUGAUUACAUCUGUGUUAUUGACUUUGAAGCAACCUGUGAAGAGGACAAUCGGCCUGAAUUUACACAUGAAAUAAUUGAAUUUCCUAUUGUUUUAUUAAAUACUCACACCCUAGAAAUAGAGGAUACCUUUCAACAGUAUGUGAAACCAGAGAUUAAUCCCCAGCUUUCAAACUUCUGCAUCAAUCUGACAGGAAUCACUCAGGACCACGUAGACAAAGCUGAUGCAUUUCCUCAGGUUCUACAAAAUGUUGUAGAGUGGAUGAGACAGAGAGAGCUGGGAACCAAAUAUAGCUAUACCAUAUUGACUGAUGGGUCUUGGGAUAUGAGUAAAUUUCUGAAUAUCCAGUGCCGUAUCAGCCGUAUCAAAUAUCCCUCUUUUGCCAAAAAGUGGAUCAACAUUCGCAAAUCCUAUGGAAACUUCUACAAGGUUCCCAGAAACCAGACCAAGCUAACAAUCAUGCUUGAAAAGCUGGGAAUGAACUAUGAUGGGCGUCCUCAUAGCGGACUUGAUGACUCUAAGAACAUUGCACGGAUAGCUAUACGUAUGCUUCAGGAUGGAUGCGAGCUGCGUGUGAAUGAGAGAAUGCAUGGUGGGCAGCUAAUGAGUGUAUCAUCCUCUGCCCCAGUAGAGGGAGCCCCUGGUCCGCAGAUGCCCCGUUUUAGAAACUAGGUGUCGAAACAUGUUGCAUUAUGGACCAAUAUUGAAGACUUAAAUUAGGAAUUGUUAAUACAUCUUAUCACGUGGCCAUUUCAAUGAACCAGUUCUGCAAUGCAAAAUCUAAAAGCACCUUAAACAACUAUCUCUGUUAAAAUAAAUGGGGGAGCAUAUGAACUCUGUUAAUUAAAACUUGUGCUACAGCACUUUUCAUGCUGAUAAUAUUUUUGUAAGUCAUCUUGGCACCUUUUCAUACAAGGUCAAUGUAUAGUAUGCUGGCAGGAUGUUGAGAUUUCUUUGUGUGUGUGUGUGUAGAAUUGUUAAUUGAAAAAUACGAAGUGUGGUUAGCCAGUGUGCCCUCUCCCUCCCCCAGCUCAUAAGAAAGAGGAUGGUUGUAGAAAUGUUUAAAAAACAAAUGUACUGCAGUAGCUUUUAGCAUCUUGAUUACCCUUUGCAUACAUACAAUGCACUUCCAAAAGAACUGUACAGUACCCUGACCAGACUGGCUUUACCUACUGUGCACAUUUGAUAGCAGCAGGCAGCCUCCUCUUUUUAUGUAAGAUAGGAAAGGUGGGGGCAUUCUUUACUGUUUUAAUUGCUUUAAAAGCAUUGGAGAGGGGAGAGUCUUUUAAGGAAUACAGUAGUCAGUUUCUGUCUCUUAAAUAAUUGAGUAGCAUUGGGUGGCAAAAAACUGUAUUGAAUAAAAAGUUUUCAUCCA